GAAUUUUAAGAAAUUAAAUGAGUUUACAUUAGUCAUAACUGGCCCAGCUCGCUCCUCUCCCUCUCCCUCUCUGUGAAGUCUGAAUGGCGGCCAUCGUCUAUCGUAGAUUCUCCUCCAAGCUCCUAAGCACCUCUCGAGCUUCUUCUUCUUCUUCUUUAAUCUCCUCACUGUCCACUCGCCCCAUUUCUCAAGAUGCUCAAAACCCUAGUUCCACUCUCUUAACCCAAUUCAACGCCCAUAAUUCCACCUGCACGUUCUCACUCUUCCCUAAUAAAAAACCCUCAGACCCUUCACCCACACUCCCUAAUUUCAUCUGUUCUUCCACUAAUUACACAACCCUUCGCAAAUUCGAAGCAUCAUCAACAGACCCCAAACCCAUAUUUUUCGAUCUCCGUCUCAUUAGACUCUACUCUUGUUCUGCUCCCAACUUCAAAAACCCUAAUUUUAACUGGGUAUCAGGAGAAAAACCUAAGCACUUUUCAACCUCUGAUGCACCAUCAGCUUCUGAAAGUGAAAAACCGCAAAACUCUAGUCCGUACCCCAGUCAAAACCCUGAGUUCAAGCACCAAGAGAUCGAAGGACCGACUGUGGAUCGUGAUCUCUCUGCUCUUGCCAAUGAGACCCGAGAGGUUCUAGAAGGAUUGUUGAAGAACAUCUAUAGUCUGAGCAAAGGAAUGGCUGUUCUGGGUAUGGUGCAGCUAGGAUUUGGAGCUUGGAUUUCAUAUAUAACUCGAUCUGCUCCGAUCAUGGAGGUCGCAAUUAUGUGCUGUGUGGCUUUUGGGUUCCCUUUUUCGAUGGCAUUCAUGUUGCGGCAAUCAUUGAAGCCAAUGUUCUUCUUCAAGAAGAUGGAAGAGCAGGGUAGGUUGCAGAUUCUGACUCUAACGCUUCAAAUUGCAAAGAAUUUAAAUAUUUUCUUUGUGCGGGUUCGAGGAAUUUCUUAUUUAUGCAUUGCUGGUCUGUCAGUUGGCUUCUUGUUUACCUUGUUAUCAAGAUGAUGAAUUACACGUCUGUUCUGGUUUAAUUGAUAAUAAAAAUGUUAUCUUUUUUGCUGGA